AUGACUGGGGCAAAGGCUGGAUUUGGUGCCACACAGGCGAGUGCAUGUUGGUUCCCUUGGCCGACCUUUUGCUCGCUAGCCCACUCUCAGUCUGGACUGGACCUGCUCAGACGACAAGAGCGCCUGCGCGGUGUAGUGCUGGGCUUGAUAACCAGCGGCUGCUACCUCUUCGGCUCAGUGCAGGUGGCCAUCAUGGCAUCGCGGCUUUUGCUGAACGGUGCUGGACCGGGUGCCUGUGCUCGGCUGCUGGUUCCGAUGAGCGGCGGCGUCGCCUUCACGGUGACUUUCGUCUGCUGGGCGAAAAACGCCCUCGAAGCAGACUGUCAAACAAAGGAGUCUUCGAGACCAUUGCUCGGGCGGGGGGUCUCAGAUUCGAAGGCCGCCCAGCCAGCCCGACUCCUUUAA